AUAAGUUGAAUGACUAGGUUUUAUAGUAAGAUUUUUUUAAAUACAAUACGUUCUUUAGUGUACAAUACAAAUAAAAUGGAAGUGCCUAAAAUAAAGUUGAAUGAUGGACAUGAAAUGCCCGUAUUUGGUUUAGGCACAUAUAAGGCCUCUAGAUCCGGAGAAGCACAGCGUGCAGCUCAAGAUGCCAUUGAUGCUGGAUACAGACAUUUUGAUUGUGCUUAUAUUUAUGGAAAUGAAAAAGAAAUUGGAGAGGGCCUCAAAGCAAAAAUAGCAGAAGGAGUAGUGAAACGAGAAGAUUUAUUUAUCACAAGCAAGCUUUGGUGCACCUACCAUGAGCCUGAGAAAGUUGUAAAGUACUGUAAAAAGUCAGUUGAUAAUGUCGGAUUAGGUUACCUAGACUUAUUUCUAAUUCAUUGGCCCUUUUCGUACAAGGAUUCUGAUAAUUCAUAUAAUAAUAUUGAUUAUGUGGAUACUUGGAAAUCAAUGGAAGAAUGUGUUAAACUUGGAUUAACUCGAAGCAUUGGUAUAUCUAAUUUUAACAGUGAACAAGUUGAAAGACUUCUCAAGCAUUGUACUAUCAAACCGGUGGUCAAUCAGGUUGAAGUCAAUACUAGUAUCAACCAGAAAAGGCUAACAAAGUUUUGUAAAGAUAGGGAUAUUGUCAUUGUUGCAUAUACACCACUAGGUUCAAUAGAUACUGCUCGCUCAGGUGUAUCAAUUCCCAAAGUUGUGCAAGAGUUAGCAGAAAAGUACAAUAAAACACCAGCCCAAGUUGUACUACGAUACUUGGUUCAACUCGGUGUAGUACCAAUUCCUAAAUCUGUAACAAAAUCAAGAAUUGUUUCAAACAUUCAAGUAUUUGAUUUUGAUUUAUCUCAUGAAGAGGUUGAAAAAUUGGAUGCUUUAAACAAAAAUAAAAGAUUUGUUACAUUUGAUUCUGCUAGUGGUCAUAAAGAUUAUCCAUUCCAUUUGGAUUUUUAA